AUGGACAACAUGUCGAACAUCUUCCGCCUCGUCAACCUGGGCGUCGGCGGCGUCAUGGUCUUUGGCGGCAUCUCGCAGUUCUUCCCGCUGGGGCUGCAGAGCAUCAUUAUCGGCUGCUAUGUCAUCCUCUUUGGACUCGCAACCAUGCUCCUCGAGUUCCAGAUCCCGCCGCAGCUGUCGAGAUAUGCGAGCUUUCUGUUCUCGUUCUUGGGAAGGGGUAUCUGCGGUGUCGGGGGGCGUGUAGUCUACAUCUUCGUCGGGAGCAUCCUCCUCCACGACCACAUCCUUCGGGAGAUUGCGGGCGCUAUUGUCGGGCUUGUCGGGGUUGCUUAUGUCGCGCUCGAAUACGUGCCAUCCAUUGAGCCGCCGGAGAACAUGCGCGAUCCCCAGUGGGAUGGCGAGCAGGUUUAG